UUUGUGCGCUACGAAAUGCUAAUAUUAAUCAUUUCCAGCAUGUCCAUAGCGGGUCUGAUCGUUGCUGUUGUACUUGCUUCCAGAAGAGAUGAGCGUAGUCUCCGAAUUUUCCUUGUGUUGUUAUUUGUGCUUACUUGGUUCCAAGGCCUGUCCCUAUUGAUGCUCACACAACGUUUUCCCAUUGCUUUGGAGGUUCACGAAAGAUGGGCUUCAAAUCGCAGCUUAGACAGUAUUGAAAAGCAGUUUAGAUGCUGUGGCAAGUUUGGACCUGAUGAUUAUUUGCUAGUCAGGGGCUAUAUACCCGAAAGUUGUUUUGAUGGAGGCAUCGAGGAUGAGGAGCAUCUGUACAGAGCUGGCUGUCUGACCAAGGCGAAUGUAAAAACUACUAUUCUACGUAGAGAAAUGAUUACGUUUGGAGUGCAGGCUUCGUUGCUGGUUGUGCUCACCCUGUAUUAUUUGUAUGUGAGGCAUUUGUCUCACCGCUUAACAAGCGCUGUGCAAGAAACAGCAUCGUUCUUCCUACAACGAGAUCCCGAAUAGACAGCUGAGGCGCCAAAUUGCAUUUGUAUGCAGAACAAAUUGGAUGGCAUGCUUUGAAUUUUUACAUCUCUUACCCAUCUGCACAAUCAAUAAGGAUAAACACUCGAGUGUCCGUUGCGGCAUGCAUAUGCAUAUGCAUGAGCCAAUAAAGAAAUCAACAAAGCAUGCCAAGCGACUCAGAAACUAUUGCAAAUACCAUCGCCAGUGUCAGCGUCAGCGUCGGCGUCGGCGUUGGCGUCAGAAUCACAGCCAUGGAAGAUUUGGCAGGGCUUACGCUUUGGCUACAGAAAGUGCGGACAUCGAGCAAUAUGUAAAUGCAGUUAAGCGCAAAUGUUCAAGGACCAAGGGCAGCAAAGGAUUCGGACAUAGCGUUGCUGCCUUUUAUAUUUUUCUUAUGGCUGUCCACAUAAAUUUUAUUGUUGUCAACAUUAAAUUUUGUACUGAAAACAA